GACUGGCAGGGGAACCAUAGAAACAAAACACAAGAAACUUGCGCUCAAAUCAGACACCACGAUCAGAGCAUGGAGCUCCCCUCAUUUUCCUGUAUCUGUGAGCUGUGUGACUGUGGGCGCCACAAACAUCACAAAGACUGCAAGAGACAGCAAGGUGUCCAGCGCAGAGAGAUAAAGGGUGACUGUUUCAUCUCCCACUACAAGGCAACUUUCAAGGCACCAAGGAAUGCUGCUGCCCGGAGCAGUAAGAGACCACAGCGAACACCAGCGUAUGCCAACUUACCUCCAAUGAAUUUGGUCACAACUCAGCAAGCUGAAUUCAUACCACGACCGCUUGAGGGAAGGGCAAAGCCAUUUGUUCCUCCAAAGGGUUAUUACCAGAGCCCAGAGGAACCUCUAUUGAGCAAAACACUCUACAGUCUGCAGUAUACUCCAAAAGAAGCAGAGAGGACUAAGGGUGCCCGGCCUAAAGACAAUCUGCAUGUUUUGCCCCAAUCCAGUACUAACCAUACCACCACAACUAAAGCCGAGUACAAAGAAUGGAAGUCAGAGCGCCAGCCUCAGUUUGGGGAGCUACCAGAUCUUGCAGGGUCACUGCUCUUUCCUGGUGAUACAAAUGAGAUGAAAACAACAACCCAAGACCAUUAUGUGGAAAAGAAGACAAGGCGAGUGAACCCAGUAAAAGCUGCUCAGUGUCAUCUAGUCAUGGAAGGGAAACAUCAUAUGGAAACUACCCAUCAGUCCACAUAUCAUCCCCUGCCAUUGGAGAAAGGAACAGUACUUAGGAACCCUGUAAUACAGAAAGUAACCAAACGACCACAAAUAGAAGUAACAACCAAAUAUCAGAGUGACUUCCCAACACCACACUGCCUGCCACAACAAACCAGAGCAGCCUUGCCACCCCCAGAUAACCUCAGUGUAAAUACCCACCUUAGAAAUGACUUUAAGACUGUUCAGAGAGAGACAUUCCCUGGUUGGAACCCUCUGCUGCACCCACGUCCAGAACCAGCCCAGUUGAAGGAGGAGCUUACUGCUAUGGACCGGGAGAGGGGGGGGCAAGUUGAUGGAGACACAGUAACCAAGCUUGCAUUUUCCACUCCAGCGUGGCUUCCCAGAGAGCCCAUUCGACGUCCACGUUCUGUUCUUAAACCCCUAAAUGCCACAUUUGAUGGUUCCACACACAACAAGUCUGUGUACAAAAACUGGGUGGUGCAACCACACUGGCGGCAUGGAGACCCUCGAGAUGGCAUUUCAUUGAGGCCUAUGGUCAAGUUCGAAAGCGAGACAACAACUGGAAGCACAUUUGUGCCCAAAAAAGGAGAGAUGGUCAGAAUCUGCAAACCUAAGAAGGACAAUUUAGAGUUAACAGGCGAAAGUGACUUCAACACAGUUCACAGGGAGACCUACAGGAUGCCCCAACGUCCUCAGUGUCGACUCCAGAUUUACCUCCAACAGCAGAAGGGAAAUACAUCUCUAGAGGACAAAGAGAACCCAUAAAGGACUAGACACUAGAGAAGGUCCUACACUACACAUAGUACAUUGCCUGCUUUAAUCAUCCAGUAACUGAAAUACAUUUGCAUUGUAACCUCUACAAAGUUCUUUAUAAAGUAUGAGUGGUUAAUGGCAAGGAAAACUUUUGCAGAUACAAAUGAUAAUCCACACUGAUAUCAAAUCUUUGUUGGGAACACUGUAUUGUUCACAGUUAAGUGUUUUAUUGUGCCCACUGUCUUUGUUAAAAACAAAUAAAGAUUUGGAGCUAUAGAA